AUGCCUACAGUGCACUGCAUGAGGUCUACUGACGACACUACCUCCACUACGGGAGAGGUCAACAUAAGGCGGUGGCCAAGCUCUUAUGUCUAUGAUCAGUGGCGGGCCCAGCCCGUCCGUCCCAGGUCCCAUGGCAGACAUCACCCGCCCGUCCGAUCCCCAGGACCCGUGUGGGGCCCGACCCGCCCGUCCCGGGACACAUGGCAGCAAUCAUCCGCCCAUCCCAAGACCCGUGGCAGGCCUGGCCCGUCCGUUCCAGACUUGUGGCGGACAUCACCAGGCCAUCCCGGGACCUGUGUGGGGCCCGGCCCGCCCAUCCCGGGACACAUGGCAGACAUCGCCGCCCGUCCCGGGACACGUGGCGGACAUUGCCCGCCCAUCCCAGGACCCGUGGCGGUUCAUCCCGGGACACGUAGCGGACAUUGCCCUUCCAUCCCAGGACCCGUGGCGGGCCGGGCCGGCCUGUCUCAGGACACGUGGCAGACAUCGCCCACCCGUAUAAAGGACUGGUGGCAGGCCCGGCCCGCCCGGCCCAGGACACAUGGUGGACAUUUGCCCGCCCUUCCUGUGACCCAUGGCGGAACUGGCCUGCCCAUCCUGGGACCCGUGGUUGGAUAUCGCCCGCCCGUCCCGGGCCCCGUGUGGUGGCGUGGUGGAUAUCGCCCGCCCAUCCCAGGACCCGUGGUGGAUAUCACCCACCUGUCCCGGGACCCGUGGUGGAUAUCGCCCGCCCGUCCUGGGCCCCGUGGUGGAUAUCGCCUGCCCGUCCUGGGACCCAUGUUGGGCCAAGCCCGUCCGUCCCGGGAUCUGGUGGUGGACAUCGCCCGCCUGUCUUGGGACCCGUGGUGGGCCGGGCCCGCCCAUCCCAGAUCCCAUGGCGGAGUUCACCUGCCCCUCCCAGGACCCUUGUGGGGCCCGGCCCCCGCCCAUCCUGGGACACGUGGCGGACAUUGGUCCCCCCCCCGCAUGUCCCGGUACCUGUGGCGGUCCCGGUCUGCCCGUACCAGGACACAAGGUGGACAUCGCCCAGCCGUCCCGGGACCUGUGGUGGACAUUGCCUGCCCAUCCCGGGACCUGUGGCGGGCCCGGCCCGCCUGUCUUGGGACACAUGGCAGACAUCGCCCGCCCGUCUAA